UAAGCAAUAAUAUUGUCUGGAAUAUUGUGAACGAUUUGUCCGAAAAAAGUUUCACUGUAAAUUGUGUACAACCAAAUAAACAUUGAAACUGCAGUGAAUUAAUUUAAUCACACAUUGUGAUUGAAGUUACUAUUUAUAUAAAAAAUGGCUCGAAACGCAGAGAAGGCUAUGACCACACUUGCUCGAUGGAGAGCUGCACAGAGCAACGAAGGAGCCAGAAAAGAACAAGAAAGGAGACCUUACCUAGCUUCUGAAUGUAGAGACUUGAGAAAAGCAGAAAAAUGGAGAAUGCAAAUAAUUCGAGAAAUCGCAAAGAAAGUCGCACAGAUACAAAACGCUGGUCUUGGAGAAUUUCGUAUUCGAGAUUUAAACGAUGAGAUUAAUAAAUUAUUGAGGGAAAAGCGGCACUGGGAGGCUCAGAUAAAAGAAUUAGGUGGACCAGAUUAUUCUAGAGUAGGACCACGUAUGUUAGAUCAUGAAGGUCGUGAGGUACCGGGAAAUCGUGGAUACAAAUAUUUUGGAGCAGCGAAAGAACUACCAGGUGUUAGAGAACUGUUUGAACAAGAACCACCGCCACCUCCUCGUAAAACUCGCGCUGAAUUAAUGAAGGACAUCGACGCAGAUUAUUACGGUUACAGAGACGACGACGACGGAAUUUUACUCCCAUUGGAACAGAAAGCUGAACAAGAGGCAAGAGAAAGAGCGGUAGAGGAAUGGUUGGCACAGAAUGAGAAAGAACCAGAGAGUGAGGAAGAAAUCGAAGCGACUGCACAAAAACCGAUACCUUCGCAACAAGACAUUCAGGAAGCGUUACUUGCAAGAAAAAAGCAAGAACUGUUAGAGAAAUAUGUACUUUGA